CUUGGGACGAGUGCUGAUCCAGCGGGCUCCUCGACUCGACCCCGAUUGUUGCAAAUGCAUCGCCUAGUUUGCCGUUCAGAGCGCGGGCGAAUAAAAGCAUCAGACACGAGCGCGCAGCUCGAUUUAAGAGCUCAGUAUCAUAUAACAGCAGCACGCUGAAGCACGACUCGCAGGAGCAACUCUGCAGUAAAGGAGCGACUCCCCUGCAGCGCCAUCACAGCACAACAAGACGCGACUGCAAGCGCGAACGAUGCGUCGCAUCCUCACGCUCGCAGCCCUCGCAAGCGCCAAGACCCACCUGAGGUUAAGGAGGCCGCGGCGCCACAUUUCUGUACGAGGCGGCGGCGCCGCGCUCCAGCCGUGCCGCGAGUUCUGCGCGCCGCCGACCGUGAGUGGCGGCGCCCUCGCCGACUGCCGGUGGUGGCAGUCGCCGCGGGAACGAGCGAGGGCCCUGUCCCUCGCCAUUUUGCUGGUCCAGAACUCGGCGCUGACGCUGACGAUGCGCUAUUCACGAACAAGGGUCAUUGAGCACCGCUACCACGCGUCCGAGGCGGUGUGUUUGUCGGAGCUGACGAAGCUGUUCAUUUCUUUGGGUCUGGCCGCGAGGGCCGAGCCGGAAGGCGAGUCGUUCUGGCAGCGGCUGAAGGGCGCCGCGGAGGGCGCGUACGCGGACCCGACGUCCUAUGUAUUAAUCGUGCCCGCGACGCUCUAUGCGGUGCAGAACAACCUCCAGUAUGUUGCUGCCUCAAAUUUGGAACCGGCCGUGUUUCAAUUGUUAUACCAGAUGAAGUUGUUAACAACGGCCUUCUUCUCCGUGGCUCUAUUGAAUCGCAAACUAGCCCCGAUGCAGUGGGGCGGCGUCGCCCUCCUUGCUUUAGGUUUGGCUGUGGUCGCCACGUCUGCCAGGGACCCGACGCGCCUCGUCGAGAAACACGCCGUUAAUAUUGCGGUCGGGAGUUCCGCGGUCCUCGCGGCCUGCUGCACGUCUGGUUUCUCGUCGGUCUAUUUCGAGAGGGUCGUGAAGGGAGCACGAGAGAAAAAGAUCGGCGAAAUAGCACCAAAAAAAACGACGCAAAAACCCAUAAGUGUGUGGGCGCGCAACGCGCAGAUGGCGACGUUCUCGACGUUUAUCGCGCUGUUCGGGUGUCUGUGCAAAGAUGGCCGGGUCAUCCGGGAACGGGGCGCCCUGGCCGGAUUUACGCCCAUCGUGUGGAGUGUAGUCGCUUUACAAGCGACGGGCGGCCUGUGCGCCGCGGCGGUGAUCGCGUACGCGGACAACCUGCUGAAGGGCUUCGCUACCGGUGGGUCCAUGCUGCUCUCGACGUUCAUCAGCUGGCUGUGGCUCGGCUUCGAGAUCACGCCGGGGUUCGCGCUGGGCGCGUCGAUGGUGCUCGGGAGCAUGUGGGUCUACGCGUGCGCCGAAACUAAUUAGUAUGC